CAACAAUGAAUAAUAAAAUUAAUGCUAAAAUUUAUGAUAAUGCUGAAUAAAGUGUUCAAAUAUAAAAAGUGUUAAUUAAAAUUAUGAUGAAAUAGAGAAAAUCGCAACAGAGAAAAAAAGUAAGGUUCAAUAAAAUACGUGUUAAACUACGAAAAGUGAAUCAAAGAAUUAAAGGAAAACAGCCAACACAAAGGCGUGAAUACAAAAAAAAAAUAUAUAAAAAAAGGAAACGAAAGGAUAUUUAAGCGCAACAGCUGAAAAUUAUAAUAACCGAUGCUAAAAGUUUUAAUGUGAAGGAAUCUGCAGUGUGUGCCUGAUGGUUUUAGUUAAAAACGCAUAGUUGUACAUUAAACACGCUUUUUUAUAAUAAAAGAAACAAUUGGAAAAAUAAUCGAAUUUGUGUUUUGUAUAAAUAUUAUCAGAAAUAUGAAAACCACUAUAGAGUUUGAGGAAUGUCUCAAGGAUUCACCAAAGUUUAGACAAUUCAUCUCAAAAGAGGAGUCAGACAUUGAACAUUUGGAACAACGUCUAGAAAAAAUUAUAAAACUGUGUAAUAUAGCAGUCGAUUCAGGCAAAGAAUAUGUUAAAAAUCAAAGUGCUUUUGCAAUGUCCCUUUGGGAUCUGCAACAACAUUUUGCUGAUAAUAAAAGUGCUCACAACGCGUUGGGAAAAUUGAUACACUGUUUUCAGGAAAUGAAUAAAUUUCAUACCAUUUUAUUGGAUCAAGCCAGUCGUACGGUUUUGAAAAAUCUCUCCGUUUUUGUUAAAGACGACAUCAAUCAAGUUAAAGACUAUAAAGGACAUUUCAUGAAAGUAUCCGAAGGUUAUGACAAUGCUUUAAUUAAAAAUGCCCAAGCUGGUAAAAAUCGUACACAGGAAGUGCAGGAAGCCGCCAACAUAUUAUCUGCUUCUAAAUCUUGCUUUCAUCACACAGCAUUAGACUAUGUUAACUACAUCACUUUAGUUCAGUCUCGUAAAGUACCUUCAAUACUGUCGACGUUAUUGGAUUAUUAUCAAGCUUGUGUUACAUAUUAUCAUCAAGGUUUCGAUUUGUGCAACGAUUUUGAUGUAUUUUUUAAAAGUAUUACUGAAGACUUGAAUGCGCUACGUGGCGAAUAUCAACAAUUAGAGAAGGCCAUGCAAAAUCGCCAUAUGAGUGUGAAUAGUUUUAGUGAAACGAAUACAAAUAGUACUUCGAAUAAAAUCGAAGGAUAUUUAUUCAAAAAGAAAUCGAAAGGAUUUAAAACUUGGUGCCGUCGAUGGUUCUACUUAAGUGAUAAUCAACUAGUAUACAGUGAUUUGGAUUCGAAUUGCAGAAAACGUAGCAACGAGGAUUCAUUUUCUGUGAUGGAAGAAGAUUUACGCAUUUGCACUGUCCGACCAGUUAACGAUGGUGAUCGACGUUUUUGUUUUGAAGUCAUAUCGCCAACCAAAUCUCACAUUUUACAAGCUGACUCAGCUGAUAUGCUAACCAUGUGGAUUUCAGCAUUACAAAAAAGUAUUGGUGCAGCUAUACAACAUGAUUCACAACAUUCCAGACCACAGUCGUCAUUGCAUGCAAAUCCCUUGAAUGCCAAAAGGAAAGUGCAUUGGGAACAAUUCCUUAAAAUCCCUGGCAACGCACAAUGUUGUGAUUGUCGCGGUUCUGAUCCGCGCUGGGCUUCCAUUAAUUUAGGCAUAACAUUGUGUAUAGAAUGCUCGGGUGUUCAUCGCAGUUUAGGUGUACACUACAGUAAAGUACGUUCGUUAACUUUAGAUGCUUGGGAAACGGAAAAUGUAAAAGUCAUGAUGGAAUUAGGCAAUGCCGUGGUUAAUCGUAUCUUUGAAUCACGUAUUGGUGAGAAUUGUGAACUGAAACCGGCCACGGAAAAUUGUGAAAUUUCCGUAAGGGAAGCAUGGAUAAAGGCAAAAUAUGUAGAAAAACGUUUUGUAUGCGGUAUGCCUAAGCCAACAGAUUAUCUGUCCAGUGAAACGGCCGAAGUUCUAUCCAUCGAUAGUGGUGAGAUGGGUAAAAGGGCGACAUUGUCGUUGGGAGCACCGCGAAAGUGGGCUGUUAAAAAGUUUAGACGUCGUCGUCACCGUGAUCGUAAACGUCAACGAUCAAGUUCCAAAUCAUCCGAUGAUCCCAUCAUAGACGAUGUCGAAGAUGACGAUGAUGAUGAAUCGAUCAAUAUACCCUCUAUGUCUUUAAGCAUUUCACGUGAAGAUCUAUUAAUAGUGGGCGAUGAAUUAGGUUUGGAAACGUAUGAAACACCUGGUAUACUGGGUUCCGAUCAAGAAUCCACUGAGGGUGAAAAUGAACCGGAAGUAAUACAUGAAGUGCCCUUUUCAAAACUCAAUGCGAAUCUCAUGUUGUAUCAAGCAUCGGCUGUACACAAUUUACCCGUAAUGUGUAUGGCUUUUGCUUUAGGUGCCGAUAAGAAUUGGCGUAAUGUAGAAGAUCAUAAUCGUACUUACUUACAUCAGGCAGUAUUAUCGGGUUCUGUUAUGGCUUGUGAAUAUCUGCUAUUAAAUGGUGUUCCCAUAGAUUCUGUAGAUAAUUUGGGAUACAGUGCUUUACACAUGUCAACUGGAAAAGGUUUCAUUGCCCAAGUGUAUCUAUUGCUUAAACAUAAAGCCAAAUAUGACAUCGAAGCAAAUGAUGGUAAAAAACCAUUAGAUAUUGCUGUUGAUCAACGAAAUGCUGAUAUUGUUACGCUCUUACGUUUAACUCGUUUAAAUGAUGAAAUUGGACUUAAUGAUGAGGGCAAUGGAGAAGAUGAAACUUACAAGGAUGUUAUGAAGGACUUUUCUAAUUUUACCUCCAGUCAGCCACGUAUGUUACGUAAUCGCAAUGAUUCUAAUACUUUAGAAUCUCAACGUUCUUCCAUGACCAAUUCGGAUUAAAUGUUAUACUCAACAGAAUUAAGAAAAGAGUAAAUGUCAUGUGUUUUUACAAUGUAUGUUAUUUAUAUUUGUUAUUUAUAUUAAAAACAACAACAACAAAAAAACGAAAACGAUUUCAAAUAUCAGUCAUUCUGUUAUAACAUUCAUAAUAUAUUUAAGAAAACUAAGAUGUGGUGCUUUGAGAGCUAAAUAUCUUUUAUUAUGUUUAAAUUUAAAUGAAUUAUAAACACUUAUUAUUAUCAAAAUUAUUUUUAACUCAUUAUUAUUUAUUAAAAGCCAACUUGUAAGAAAAACUAGUAGUAUUUUGCUUUGCUCAAUUUACUUUACAUUUGUCUGACUUUUUAUUAUUUAAGCAUUUAUUGUUAUUUAAUGAAAAAUGUUUAAUCGAACUGCUUUUUGAAGUGUCUUCAAUGUCUUUAUAAUAGUACUUGUAAAAGCAUUCAUUAUGUUACAAUGCCGCUACUUUGGCUAUUUUAUUUUAAUAUACAUAGAUAAAUAUUGUAAAAUAUUAAAAAUUAAUAUGAUGAAUACACAAAAUAAUUAUCGUGGAAUUAAGCCAUUUGAUAUAUUAAAAGAAAAUGAUAAUUAUA